CCUUGGGACUGGGAACUGGGAACUGGACAAGGAUAAUUACUGGCAGCCCUAAUGGGGGCAGGGAAUGUGCUGCCUGCAAAAGGUCCUUUCUUUAGGCUUGAUUGGGCUGGGCCACUCAUCUGCUUACUGCUUCAUUGGCCCAAGCAACCAUCAAUCUGUUCAUUUCCAGGUCCCCCUCAGGUUUGAAACUUUUUUUUACGAGGAGGAGGAAGAAUCGGGUUACAGCAAACUGUUGUAAGCGAUCUCACAGCAGUCGAGAGAAGAAAACACACAUUCAAUAAUUAACACAUCUGUGACACGCUGUGACAGAACAGAAGGAAGUUACGACAGGAGGACGAUUUAUUUUAUCGCACAAACAUCGGAGAUCCAACAAAAUAAGCGAAUAAAUAGCAAAACAUGCUGUGAAGCCACUUUCCCUGUGUUGCCAGGAUGAAGACUUAAGAGGUUUUGCUCAGAUUAACUUGUCUUCUUGUUGGCCGACCACUCCCGUGUCCCACCGAGCGAGAGAGAAGAUUUGAACAUGGACUCCUUCAGCACCAAGAGUUUAGCCCUGCAGGCGCAGAAGAAGCUAAUGAGCAAGAUGGCCACAAAGAGCAUGGCCAACCUCUUCAUCGACGACACCAGCAGCGAAGUGCUGGACGAGCUAUACCGCGUCACCAAGGAGUACACACGCAACCGCAAAGAGUCCCAGAAAAUCAUCAAGAACUUGAUCAAGAUGGUGGUGAAGCUGGGAGUGCUCUACAGAAACAACCAGUUCAAUAGUGAGGAGCUGAUCCUGGUGGAGAACUUCAGGAAGAAAGUCCACACUCUGGCCAUGACGGCGGUCAGUUUCUACCAGAUUGAGUUCACCUUUGACCGCCGCGUCAUGAGCUCCAUUUUGAACGAGUGCCGCGACCUUCUGCACCAGGCCAUCAAACGUCAUCUGACAGCCAAGAGCCACUCGAGAGUCAACCACGUCUUCAACCACUUUGCCGACUGUGACUUCCUAGCAGCUCUGUACGGGCCCUCGGAGGUUUAUCGUGCUCACCUGCAGAGGAUCUGCAAUGGGGUCAACAAAAUGCUUGAUGACGGGAACCUCUGACCUCCGUUGGCCUCAUCCUCAAGCACCUGUACCUCUGGUCACCUCUCAUGUAACAUCUUGGAGGAUUUCUUUUUUUAUGUGACAAUCAUGAACACUCUUAUUUUUCAUUUGUUGGUUUGUGUGUGCUUUUCAGAUAUUACUGUAACACUGAAAUUCUAUUGGCUAGUUAGUCCAAAGCCAUUUCUCCUCCAGCCUGAUUUUUUGUUUUUGUUUUUCACAGUUAACAAAACCCAGCAGAUGGUUUUUGUUGUUGUUGUUGUUUUUUAAUGAAUGUACAACUUCAUGCUCUUAUCGAUAUAUUCAGGUAUAGGAGCCUUGACAGCUGUGCCUUGAAAAAAUGUAUUUCUCUUCCUUCCACGGGCAAUAUCCUCGCUCUUACUUAAUCAAAAUGAUAUGAAUCCAGGUGCAGGCCUUCAGUUAUAUUUUCUUUAGGUGACUUUUUAAUGGAUGAAAAUGUUUCUGGGAGCACCAGGAGAGGAAAGAAAGUAUAUUUUGAUUGUUUUCAAAUGCCCUAGGACAUAAAGAAGUGAUAUAUGGGGGGGGGGGUUAAAUAUAAUAUUGCACUCAAUCCUAAACAUGCGCUGUAGUGUACUUUCCUACGACAGUGAAACCAUGUAGAGCACAGUAGCUGAGUGAUCCUGCUUAGCCUGCAUUCUACAGCUCUCACCAUCAUGCACUGAACAUAGCAGACAGGCCAGGCUUUCAUUUAGAGGGCACCUAUAAACCCGGUUUUGCUUUUAAGAGUCUGGUUUAUCACCAUCACAACACUUAUGAAGUAUUUGGGUCACAGGGAGACCAUAAACAUGAAGGUAUUUGAUUGUGCUGUGUGUUGCAGAUUGUAUCUGAGCUGACUCGAAUAUCUCGGUGGAUGUACGCUUGUCUGCUCACGAAAAUUUUACCUUUGUGUCUAUAAAUGUCACAGUCACAGCAGGGGGAGCGGCACAAUGUUGCACCAGGUGCAAAAAUUGCUCUGGCAUUUUAUCACAGGGAAAUAAAGCACUAGAGCAGGCAUAGUACGCAUCAUAAUAGAUGUUAGAGCCCAGGGUCAGCUGUGUUUCAGAUUUAUCUGCGUUGCCUCAGGUUUAUCCUAAAAGCACUAAAACUCUCAUUCGAAUUCUGACAGAUCUGAACUAAAAAGACUCCCCAUGAGCAGUCAGAUGAAAGGCUGGAUGCAAACUGCAGCUCAGUGUCUGUGAAAAGAGCCAGUCAGGGUAUAGAGAUUAGAACAGAGGCAAACACACAGUACCUGAUUGUGCUCUCCCACUGCAAUUAUCGCUCCCUGCUCUGGGCUAGUAUAAUGACCUGAAGUCUGCCUCCGUGGACCAGCCACUCAAUUUCCCCACACAGUAACCUCAUGUAGUGUGAUGGAGACAAUGUCUCGGUUUACCCAAUUUGAGUCCUUUAGUGAAAGAUGUUGUUUCUAGCAUGUAAAUAGUUACUCUUUCCAACCUCGCAUAAUAACCGUCUUUCCGUUUUGUCCAUGUGUUUCUGUCUCACUGAGCCUGUCUGGGAGAAUUGUUUUGCGGCCUCAUUUUGUAUUCCGUGCGUGUGUGCGAGCAUGUGUUUGUGUGUGUACCUGUGAGACAACUGGAAAUUGAGUCGUGUAAUAAGCGCUGUGCUUUUCCAGAUAGGAUUGCUGAAACUUUAACUUCAUCCACAGCAGCUCUGCCAAAGAAAUAAGACCAAUGUUAUUUUGAAGUCUUUCUCCAGAGGAAAAGAGAAAACGGUAUGCACUGGUGAUAAUGAAGACAAAGGUAGUGGCUGAUGUGGUUUCUGUUAUUUUUUUUUUAAUUCACCCCUUUUACUCCUAGAUGACUUAAGUGAGUAUAUUGUUAUUUAGACCCAUUUGACUCUGUCAUUCUAGGAGGCUUUAAAGUAAAUCCUUUUCCCUAUACAUCCCCCACAACAGUUGAUUUUAGUUGUCUUUAGAUGCCAUUUUCUCCAUUCCCUCUACAUCUCAGGGUUAGUUUAAAUCUCACUUGGUUUAAAAUCCAUGCUGAUAGAAAGGUUAGGAACCUCUGCAGCAGCCCCAUUUAUUUUACUAAAGCCUACAUGUCAUGUUGCAUUUUUGUGAAAUUUGUUUUUUUUUUUUGUUUUUUUUUACUUCUGUGCAUAUUUAAUGUU